AAAUCAUUUGAGUCAAUGCCAUUCAAGCAAAUGCAUGAACUAAUUCUCUCUUUACUCUUUCAGUUUUCAAGAUUACACAAAACAGGAAGAAAGGCAGGAAGUGGUGUGUUUCAAAUGCUUCAUCUAUCAUUUCAAUCAUGCGUUCGUCACGAAGGAGAGAUGCUAAAAGUCUGUAAGACAUUACACACUUAGCAAGACACACUUAGCAUUAUUUGGAACCAACAGUUAAUUCGGAAGAGCCAAACGGUAGGAUGUUGUUUGUAAGAUUGUGUGGAAUAUUCAGUGUACGGUCAACAAGUUCAGAUGUUCGGCAACCUCAUGGUGAAGUUGCAUCAUAAUGUCCUUUACCAUGACGAGAUCAGGUGCCUUCAAACUAAGCAUCCUUUUGUUCAUCACAUUCCUCCUGUGCCUCCCAGAGUUAUUCCCAAACAUAUCUCAAAUUGAGUUCCUCUGUGAGCCUUUCGACUUUUGCACGUCUGAAAGCAAUGCACAGCUGUGUGGUCUUUCUGACCUUGCAUGUGCCACAGAAACUAUAAACACCAGCGGUCCACACAGACAGGACGGCUGGUAUGCCUGUGCAUCUCAAAUGGAUCUGAAGCUUCUCCAAAACAACACUUCACAGUCAGGAGAGCAUGUGAUGGCCGUUCUGACCAUGAAAGCAGCCAAUCUCUCAGUGUGGAACUACAGUGUGUUUGCUUUUCUCAACAACACUGAUCUAUACGCUAAAGCCCACGAUGAGCAGACCCUCUUCUACUGCAAUCUUCCACCAGACAACAGCAAAUGUCCAGUGUUAAAGGAUGAGGUAAAGUGCCAAGCAACCAGCAGCAGUUUCCUGUUUUACUAUCAUGAGCACAACGUAACUGCAAGCCCUGCUGAAUUACCAAAUACGCAAGCAAAAAGAGUGUGGUUGGCUUUGGUGCUGACUGUGGUUGUGGUAACUAUUCUGAGUGUGGGCUUCCUGAUCAUCAAGAGCUGCCAUCUUUAUCAUAGAAAAUCCAAAAUGGUGAGAUUUUUGCCUCUUUCAGCCGGUAGACGUCCGCUCAAAAAGCCGAGCAAGCAAAAACAGAAUUCGAUGAGAAACGUCCCUGAUGUGUCCAUUGCAAUAAGCAGCAUUAAUGAUAAUCUGCUCAAGGUAGCUGACCACAUGUACAAAAGAAGUUUGUCACCCAUCUAUGAGAUUACAGAGGAUGAAGAAGGGCAAAAUGAAAAUCUGGAACAAGAGCAAUGUAAUGUCUCUGUGCCACUGGAAGAGAUUAAACAAUUACAUCUGGCAGCACAAGACCACUGUCAACCUUCAAACUACCUGCAUCAUCGAAGCAACUUUUCCUGCUCCAGUCAUGAAGAAGAUGCUUAAAGCCUUUAAAGUCAUGAGAAGCAGCAAAAGCACUUUAUUAUUAUUUUUAAAAAGUGAUUUAUUUCUUACACAACAAAGGCAACUGCAGUAUUACAGUCAAAUAUCCACCUCGGAGGUAACCACAGUGAACAAGCAAGUGCUUAAAAAUGUACCUGUCAAGCUGAAGCAAGGCAAGAUUGACAUCUUUUCAAAUGUCUUCCCUGUUCAUAUCAGACACUGCAGACCAAGAAAAGAUCCAAUGUAAAUAAUGCAUCAAUGUACGCUUUAUGUAAGCUGUCUAACAUCCUGGUCAAAGUCAGCAAGAGAAGUCUCAGGACCAAGUUUACUUCAUGUUUUUAAGCAGUUAUACAGUACAAGUGAAUAUCAUUAUCUGAAGAAAACCUCAGGGAUGAUUUAACAACCAACAGAUAUUAGAUAGUUUAAAAAAAGAAACCUGUAAAAUUAAAACAAAACAUAUAAACCAACACAUUCUCACCUGUUAAAGGGAUAUAAAUAAUCAGUGAUGACAUUUCAAGAUGGCCGACUUGGUGAAAUGUUUGAAGCUGUCGAAUGUGGCAUCUAUAUAUCGAUACCUAUAUGGCGGUGUGAAGAAAGGUGGCAAAUGCUGGCAAAUAAUAAGGGGACUUAUUAUGCAAAAAAACUAUUUUAUAAUGAGUUUAAACAUGGUUGUGUGGCAGCAGUAUGUGAAUAAAGCUAUGUUAUAUAUAAUAUAUUAACUAAUUAAUACAAUUAUGUAAAAUCACGCUUCUUAAAAACAAUAUGUAGAAACAGCUUGAUUGACAUUCUCCCUUUGUAUAUGCCAUGGAAACAGCCACUAGAUACUGCUAGUUUUAGGCAACAGCCAUUUUGGAAUGAAAACUCCAAAAGAACAACAGCAUAUUAUAGCCUAAGUCUGUAAAAUAAACUAUUAAAAGUGCUGAUGAUUUUGAUAGUAUGUGUCGUAUUGUCGUCUUUCAAGGUUGUAUCUCAGAUUUAAUGCGUUUUUUAAAUAAAAAAAUAAAAAACAAAGCAGCUGCUUGGCUUCAAGACAGAAAUAAGAUCCAAUGGAUGGCCAAUCGCUUUUACUCCAAAAUGGCGGAAUCGCAGGGCUGUCCUGGGCUCUGCUGUUGCAAUGGAACAUUCUAUUAAGUGUCGCCCCUUGGUGAUUCUAAGCUCUUUGACUUCACUAGCACACGCGUCAAACAACUGAAGCAGAGCUUGACAGGAAACAAAAAGAGGUUUAUCAUAAGCAUU